UUCAUCAAUUCACCAAUACAGAUAUUUUUUGUAAAAAAUAAUACAUAUAUUUAAAGUUAAUGUGUAAUUACAUUGUGAUAGUUGUACCUAAUUUUCGAAAACUAUGUGGGAGACAUUCAUCUCCUGGUACAUCAACAACUACUUGGGUCACUACGUCGAAAACCUCAACUCUCAGCAAUUGUCACUUGCGCUGAGCAAAGGGGAACUAGAACUGGAGAAUGUGCCUCUUAAGAAAAAUAUUUUUCGAAGUUGGGGACUCCCUGUGGAUGUCAAAUCUGGAGUUGUGGGCAGAAUCAAAAUCGAAUUCAAUAUUUUAAAGUAUUUUAGAAAUGAGCCUGUCCUCAUCUCGAUUGAAGAUGUGUGUCUGGUGGCAGGGCCAGUUAACUUGGCGGAGUUGGACCCCUUGGAAGAAGAGGCCUUGGCACACGAGUCAAAAAUGAGUGCCCUUGAUGCACAUGAAGGUCGAUGGAAGGCACAGUUCGAUCUUCAGCAACAAACUAACAAUUCUUCAUAUUAUUCCUCCCUCUACGUCUCGUCUAUGCGAAUUGGUGCCUCAAUUGUCACAAAAGUUGUUGAGAAUUUACAGCUGAAUGUUACCAAUGUUCAUAUUCGGUUUGAAUAUGAAAAUGAAAAGUCAAAUCAUACAGUCGCAUUUGGUGUUACUCUACAAGGGUUGAAUGUACAAAGCUGUGACCCAAAGUGGAAUCCUUUAUCGUCUUCGUCUACAAAUGUGUCCGAUAGUUCAUUCAAAACCCUAAGGAUGAGCAAUCUUGGGAUCUACUGUGAUACAAAAGCAGAAAGAUUGAGUGAUUUUAAACUAGAAGAAUUAAAGAUUGCAAUGUGUAAGCCACUGUCUAGUCAUAUUUAUGUCCUUUCUCCAGUAUCGGCUGAAGCACGUGUCGCAAAGAAUAAUUCAACUCUUCCCCUGGCAAGCUUAAGCAAGCCAAGAUUCGAUGUCCACCUUUCUUUAGAAAAAGUUCCACUCCAGCUCUCAGACUCACAGUACACACAUACUUUUAGAUUGUACAAGUCAUUGCGAAAACUGGAUAGAAAUUGUCGUUUAAGACAUUAUAGACCCUUUAGUAAUGUUAAAGAAAAUAUCAAGGAGUGGUGGUUGUAUGCAUCUCAGGCUGUUUUAUCAUUAAGAGGAUUUCGACGAAGAAAAAAGUUGAAAACUUGGGAUGAAAUGCUUCAUCGUGCUCGAGACAAUCGUGACUAUGUUCAUGCAUACCAAGGCCAUUUGACUGAAGAAGUUUUAUCCAGUGAGGCAACGAAAUUAAAAGAUCGCAUGGAACUAGAGCUUCAUUAUGACGACAUUGUUCAGCUUCGACAAGUUGCAAUGCAAAGAAUUGAACAAAUGAACAAGGCUCCAGAAGUAUCAGGCAAAAGUCAGCCGGUGGUUGAGCCAAACAUGACUACGACAUCAGCUCCUAAUUCCACGAAUGAUCCAGGCCAAGGAAUCCAAGAAAUUCAUGGAGUUACACCAACUGAAGAACAACAAGAAGGUGUGAAAGCAGCUAGUUCCGGCGUCCUGGCAUGGUUUUUUCCGUCUUGGGGUUAUUAUACACAGGCCACGGAUCAACCAGACUCCUUAACAAACGUUAAUUCUCAGUUGCUUCACGGUGUAAGCUCCAGUUCAUUGGCUGAUCGAAGCAUGAGUGAGACUGACUUUGACGAAGCAAUAUUGGGUGAAAUGAGAGCAUUUGGUCAAGAUGCAUUAUUGGCCCGAUUCAAUUUCACUUUAAAUGAAGGAUCUGUUCUUUUGAAUAAGAAUAAGGGGCCAUUUUUAGAUCUCAACUUUGGUGGAGUUUCUCUAGAACUGUCUUUGAAACCAAGAUCCGGGUCACACAAAUUGCAAAUGCGCCUCUCAUCUUUGAUGUUGAAAGAUGCAACGACGAAUUCAUGUAUCUUAGCUCCUCAUUCAGUAGACCCCUUGUCAUAUUUGGCCAAUGUCUCUGCAGAUCCCUUGUUUAAUCUCGUUUAUGAAAUGAAGCCACAUAAGAAGGCUGGUCAUCGCGUAACUGUAUCAACUAAACCAAUGGAUUUAGUCCUUUAUCCUACCACAUGGGACGAAGUUGGCAGGUUCUUCUCUGUUAAAGAUGAAGAAGAUUAUCUAGAAAUACCGUACAAUGGGUAUGAAGCAAUGAAACAGAAAACUAAGGAGGAGCUUCAGGUUUAUUGGGACAGACUUGUUCAUUCCCGAAUUUCCAAGUCAAGUGGAGAUGACGGAAGAUCGUCGUGGGAAAUAUAUAUGGAUAUAUUUGCUCCUCAAAUUACUAUUUAUGGAUAUGCAACAAAAGAGGAUGGCAACAAGAAGACGGAAACCAUUUCUCGAACGACUCCCCAAGACCAACCUACAAGUCAAGAGUCCGCAGUAAUAAUUGAUCUCGGUAGAUUCAAGUUCACCAAUCUUCAUAUUGACGACAAGAUUGUGUUACCCCCUGAUGAUAAUAAGGAAUAUGAAGAAUGGAGUGAUGAUGAUGACGAGAACGAAGAAUUUCUUACGCCAUGCUCAUCUCCUGUACCAGAAAGGCUAGUCAUAGAAGACUCAUCAUUACUCACUUCUCCGAGACAUUCUGUAUCAGAAACUGGUGAAAGCAUAGUCUAUCAGAACCAGACUGAAGGGAUUGAAUCGUUUGGAGGCUCUUUGGACAAAAUUCAUGCAAUAUUCUACAAGAAAUACUCCUUAGAAAUUACAGAUGUGCAAGUGAUAGUUUUUGAUGGUAAAUCUGGAAAGAAAACUAGUUGGAAAACUACUCAUUUCAAAGGCACAUCAAUGAUGCAUUUGGUGGACAGAUUUUCAAUCAAUCUUCAACUGGAACGUCGCUUAGUCUAUAGUGAAGAUCCUCUCUGGCCUGCCUUAACACUUAUGGGAACGCUUCCAAAGUUAACGUUUCACUUGAACGAGGUUAAAAUGUUGACUCUGCGAUCAGUCUUAAGUGCAUUUUCUACAAAACUUCAAAAUCCUCGUCAAGACUCUUCUGAUAUCUCGUUUUUUAGUGGAUCUCAACUUAACUUAGCAGACACAGAAAGACCUGACUUCAGAUUGAGUGAAACUUUGAUGACUCGUAAUCCUUACAAGAGCUUUGGUAACCUCUUUGUGGCAGAAUUUGCAAUACAUAAUGUAUCUGUGGAUCUGCAGUCUGAAGAUAUCCGUGGACCUGUCAUAAAAGUAAAGGCCUUACACUUGAAAUUGGCGAAAACCAGAAAACAUCGUGCCAAAGAAGAUGCAACUUGUGAACUUAAAAGUAGAUGCCAAGACUAUUUUAGUGUAGAGGGACGACUAGGAUCUUUAGAAAUUCAAGACACAAGUCUUUACUAUGGUUUGUAUCCUGUUAAAUUUGCAUUUCAAGGUGAUCAAGCACUGGACUUUGACUAUGAAUUAAAUGGAUCAGAUGGAAAAUUUCGAUUGAACAUGUCUUCAAUCGUUGUUGUUCACACGAAUCGAUUUUACACCGAAUUUAUGAGCUUAUGGAACUCAUUAUUUGGUCAGCCUCCGAGUAGUGCACAACAAGGGCAUCAGUCCAACGACAAUGAUGAUCGUCUAUCUCCUCCUGCGGAACCUGGUUACAAUAACACUCGAGUGAUGUUGGAUAUUCAAGCUGGAGCGCCAGUUAUUCUUCUCCCGUACAGUUCUACAUCUGAAAAAAUGCUUGUCGCUGAUUUGGGCCAUUUAUCUGUUCGAAAUAAGUUUGUGGAGGAUAUCGAAGGCUUGGUCAUAAACUACAUCAUUGUAGAUUUGAUCGAGAUGGAUCUGUACUCUGGAGAACUGAGUCCAAGAGUGGGCGCUGCUCUUGACAAUCGUAAACAAUGGAAUUUACAUCGAGGCUGGUCAGUAAUCAAGACGCAGGAUUCAUCAUCAUUUCUUCGACAACAGUGUCAGCUUAAUCUAAAAGUUGGUCGAGUGUUUGAAGGUAAUCUUGGUGAUUCAGUAGCAGCGACUCGAGUAGAAGGAGUUCUGUCAACCCUACAUUGUACAAUUGAUCAUGAAAAAUACAAGCUAAUUCGUGGCUUGCUGGCUCAUAAUAUUGGAGAGAAUAUUGGAUCACCAGAAGAAGAACCAACAGUAAUGAAUUACCAACAAGGAACAAGCAAUAGUAAACCCCACCACAUUGGAACUCAUCGUCAAGGAGAAAGUCCUACAAAAGUUGACCUCAACAUUCAGCUAGAUCUGAUCAACGUAACAUUGGAAGUUGUAAAACAUCCUGGGGAUAAACUUGGACGUGUUGAAUUUAUAAAAUCAAAAUUCACAUUUCAAAGCAACAAUGACGGUUCAAAAGAUGUAGACUUGGCGUCGCAGGAAAUUGUUAUAUGCGAUUCUAGAUUUGAAGACAUUGAUAAUGCGAGAGAAGCAGAAAAUGUGAAUAUUUUCACCAAUAUUUUACAGCAAAGUGUCACUUUUCCCAUAUCAUCGUCCUCAAAACAACAACCUGAAUCUUCAUCAUCCCAUAACCCUACCAUCCAUGGAUCUGCCGAAGUUCCACUUCAAGCUGAAAUCCACUAUCGAAUGACUCAACGAGGAUCAAAUGUGACAAUUAUACUGAAUAAUAUGCGGCUAAUGGUAAUAUUGGACUGGUGGAUGGAGGUCAGAGACUUUCUCGGGCAAGAGAUCCCUCAACCUCCUGAAAUUACAGCGAUAUGGGAGGAACACCUAGAACGAACUAAAAAUGCCCAUCAUUUGUUGGAAAGAUCUCGAGUCGUAUCAAAUCCUGUAACGGUAUCGACUGGCAUCGUCACAAGACGGGCACCUGUACUUGACUUACCAGACUCCGUCUUUGAGCUUAAAAUCAAUAUUUCAAAUUGCGAACUAGUUGCGGUUGAAAAGGCUUCAGUCUGGGAUACAAAUGCUUUAAUUUUAAAGGCAUCCGCUGCACUAGGAUAUCGACCACAUUUGGAAAGACCAAUUUGCUGUAAUAUCCUACAGUGUGAAUUAUUUUCCUGUAUUUUAGGACUGGAGUCUGAAACAGCACUUUCAAUUCUUGACCCAACCAACAUUCAGCUGGAUAUUGUUAGACAAACAGAAGCAGAAUCCAAAGGCAUUUUAGACGCCACGCUCUCGCUUGCGAACUCGGGAAAAAUAUUAAAGAUCCAAAGUCCAAAUUUGAACUUACGAUUGUCUUAUUAUGACAUGAAAAUGUUCCUCCGCCUCAUGGACAAGUUUUCUAAAGACGCUCAAGUACACUUUCUCAAGUCCAGCAGUUUUGAAAUUGAAACAUCUCCGUUAGCCUCUCCCACCAACAUUAUGGAUGACCUAUCAUUUCAGUCGUUUGCCACAUUUGAAAUUGAUCAACUCGUGUUAAUGGGAUUUACUAUUGACGAAGCAAUCCAAGCACUGGAAGAAACUCAUGGUUGUCUCGAGGAUGCAGUUUUCUUUUUAACGAGCACUGCUGGAAGGCCAGACAAAAAAAUUAAAUCACAAUCUGAUAGGAAAACCUCCAGGGAUAACUCUUUAUCUGCUAAAUCCUUGGCAUCCAGUGAGGCUCCUUCACUUCCUCACGAAAAAGAGACAGCAGGAGGAAGCAUGUCGGCUAUUCAAGGAAUAGAAGUAAAAUGCAGUUGUUUGUCUUUAUGCGUCAUUGACGAUUGCAAAGAUUCCGAUGUCCCGGUGCUAGAGAUCAGUGUUCAACAAUUGGAAUUAUAUCAGAAUUACCUGGAUAAUUUAACUUCUGCGGAUUGUGUUUUAAGCGGAGAUUACUACAAUCGAGCUCUUUCUGGUUGGGAACCCUUUCUUGAACCGUGGAAAUGCAACGUGAAAUGGAAAAAGAACCUAUUGGGACAAUUAGAUGAUUAUUCCCCUUCGUGUGAAUUUCCGUCAAGAGCACCAGAGUUUGAAAUUAUGGUAUCAUCAAGAGUUACGAUGGAAUUAAAUGUCACUUCAUCUCUUUUAAAUCUCUACAAAAUUGUAUCUUCGAAUUGGACCGAAGACUACCAUCUUGUCAAAAACGAUAAACGACGAGCCCCAUUUAUUCCAUUUGCAUUAAAAAACGAGACUGGAUCUAGGCUCUGGUUUUGUACUUCUAUUUCAAAUAAUGAAGAAGUAUUUCGACAGCAGCAGAAAGCAACUACUGGCUGCAGUUCGGGUACAACAAGCUGGACUGAAGUAGCACAUGGUGCUGUUCAAACUUUCAGUUUCGAAGGUCGUGGAAAGCUAAGACAUCGAAAUACCCAUCAACUUAAAACUCACCAACUUUCUAUUCGAGUGGACGGAUGGAACGAAAUUUCAGUUUCAGUCGAUAGAGUCGGAACUUACUUUAGAGUUGCCAAACCAGAAACUUCUUUGCGUCGAUACGGGGGGUACAUGGAACUUCCCCCUACCCGACUAGUUCUUGAAGUUGGGCUACAAGGAUCUGCUCAGAAAAUUGUUACUAUUCGGUCUGCAUUAAUGAUUAAAAAUUCACUACCGAACCCAGUGGAACUUAAAUUGGAGAACACCAUUGUUUAUCCUUCAUUUGAACGAGCUCAAACUGGUGGUUCAAUGGUUGUUCAAGUUCGACCUGGUGCAAGUUACCCAGUUCCACUACAUUCCGUUUGGGCUCACAUGUGGAUUCGUCCAGUGAUUCCAGACAAUCCCCCUCGGACGUAUCUCUAUUGCACCAAAGCCUUAUUGGUUGGCAGCAGUCAAGAAGGGCUUCGCGAAUGUCGCCCAAUGUCCCCCGAGGAUCAGUCUCAGUCCUACAGAUUUUGCGCUGCCGUCAAGCGAAAUGAAUUUCCUGCCGAUAGCGAUGACAUCAUUCCAAAAAAUUCUCUGCCCAGUAUUGUCCAACUGAUGAGUAUGAGUAAUCGGGCUAAUUUCAUUACUUUGUUGAGCCCGUUUAAGUUGGUCAAUUUACUUCCUCAUGAAAUCUCGUACGAAAUAAAACGUCAAAAUAUUCAUGGAAGAAUCCCUCCUGGAAAACAUGACAGUAUGUCAAAUGUCGAUACGUCUGAACCAAUCGAAAUACACUAUCAAAUUGACAAUUUCGCUCAAGUGAUGAUAGUAUCUGUGAAUCCCAAGUCUAAUACGUUGAUUCAGCGUAUAAAAAUUCAAGAUGCACUGAAGAGGACACUAAUGCUGACAAUUAAAAUAUUAAAAGAAGACGGAGGAGUUUUAUCCGUUCAAUUGAGUUGCCCAAGUUGGAUCGUUAACAAAAGUGGACUUCCCUUGGUAUGUAAGCAAGAUGGAAUUUCGGGUGAAGCUGCAGGACAAUUCCAGGAACAUGAGGUUGGAAGAAUGGUAACUCCACUUAUGAUGAGUUUCGCAGAUCAGGAUGGUUCAGAAUCACUAAUUUUUCGGGUCGGUACUGGCCUUCAUAAAGACUCCAAGCCAUUUUGGUGUCGGUCAAUUCUUUGUCAGAAUGGUCUACGAGUAAGGAAGCUGGUCGUUGCACAUUGUAACAAUACUCCACAAUCUGUAUACAUGGUUGGUGUUGAAAUCAAAAAUGGGACAGGAAGAUAUCAAGAUACUAAACUUGUGAUUGUGUCACCUCGAUUCGUUGUUGACAAUCGAUCCACCUAUAAAAUACAAAUUUCACAACGGGCAUUUGCCACCAGCUUUUUUGAUGCAAAGGCAGAAAAGACGCAUCUGACACUCCCUGCAGGGUCAAAUUUACCUUUUCAUUGGCCUCGAUUGGAUAAGGAACAAUUGCUCUGCGUAAGACUGAAGGACGUCGCCGGAAGUUCAUGGUCAGGAGGGUUUCCAGUGGAUAAUGUUGAUUCAUUUCACAUCAAUAUUCGAGAUGCGGAUGGAAAUUGUUAUUUUUUACGAGUAGAAAUUGUCAUUCAAGGACCUUCGUAUUUUUUAAUAUUCAGCGAUACAACACAACUACCACCUCCUUUCAGAAUUGACAAUUUUUCAAAAGUUCCAUUAAUAUUUCAUCAGACCUGUCUUGGGGAAGAACGACUGAAAAUCACUGCACGACCAGAGUCAUCUCUUCCGUAUGCCUUGGACGAACCAACACAGCUUGCACAUUUGACAAUUGCAGCCCCUGGAGGAACAUCAGUCGUUGUAAACAUGGAUGACUUACGAUACAUGUCGCACCUGACGUAUGAAAAUUUCUUCUACAUUGGGUUCACUGCUACGUUUCCGGUUGAUGGAAGCAUUGGGAGAUCUGGGAUGGAAAGUUUAGAGCUAGUUCUUGAUGUUGAAGGCGUCAACGUCAUUUUAACCAAGAAGGAACAGGGGAAACGUUCGCAGUUGUGGCGCGUGAGUGCUGAAGGGCUUAUUGAGCACGAGGGGUCAAGUCCUCCUCGAGAUUUAACGAGACCCCAAAAAGAAGGGACAAUGCUUGUACUGGAUAUAUCAGGAUCUGCUCCCCUUCCGACACAGUGUGUGCCUUUACAGUUAAGAAAACCUGACCGGCGAAGAAUAUCCACGCAACAUUGGGAAUUUACUAGCGACGGGAAAAUGAAAUGCAAAAUGUACGAAAACUUGUACGUCCAAGCUAAAGAUGGAUUCGGAGGAACUAAUGCAGUUGGUUCUUGGCAACUUUGGAGUGAAGUCGUGCUCGGACCAUCUCAACCUGUCUGUUACAUUCGAACUGAGUCUGGAAUUCCUGCAGAACAAGCUAUUGCUCGUCAAAAGCUUCGAGCUGGUUCAGGAAUUUUAAGUUUGGGAAUUGAAACCGAUGGACCUACUCGAGUCCUCCGAAUUAUAGAUGUUGAACACCCUCCGAGGCGCCAGCUAUUGCAUCACACGUUUGAAGAAAAUGAUUACAACACUACGCCAAAGUACAGAGUGAAAGUUGAGCUACCUGCUGGAGUAGGUAUUAGCGUUGUAGCCUGCAACCCUCGUGAGGAGUUGCUGUAUGGGAGAUUUUCAGGAUUCGCUUUGGAAUGGACAGAUACAAAGAAUUCACAGAUUUUAAAGGCAUCCGUGAUGAAUUUGCAAGUUGACAAUCAACUCUUGGAAUCAGAGAAAUCUGCAGUUAUUUACAUUCCCUCCGGUAGUCCAUCAGAAACCAUUGAUGAUUUUUCGCUGUAUCAUCAACAACCAGCACUUUGUCUGUAUUGGGAAAGUAUGAAAUCUAAUUUGAACGCUAGAGUGUUCAAAGUAUGGGAGUUGAUGGUCAAACCUAUUAGUUUAAUAAUCGAAGAAAGACUGUUACUGAAACUGUGCAUGUGGUGGGGAUUCGGCCAACAAGUUAAAAACUUGGAUAUGUUACAGCAAUCCGAUUUUGAAGUGCAAAAGGCACUAACCAGUACGGCUUCCACAAAUACAAGGAGAUAUUAUUUCGCCAUAUUGAAACUAAUAUUUAAUCAAGUCAAACUGAGUGUGCUCACAACCUCUAAACUACCCGUUCAAUUAGCUGCACUUAAACGACGACUUGGUUUAACUUUGAUUCGAUUUGAAGACGCUAUUGUUGACUUUGACAGCUUCGAAAAACAUCACCCUUUCGAAACAUUCGAGUUUUUGUGUGCCUUGGUGGUAAAGCAUUAUCGGGAUGAGCUCGUUUCUCAAGCGGGAAUAAUUUUAGGGUCUACGGAUAUAUUGGGAAAUCCACUGGGCUUUGUGAAUGACGUUUCCGAAGGAGUCAGCUUAAUGAUUUAUGAAGGAUCUGUCGGUGCGUUGGUUAAAAAUGUAGCACAUGGGCUCUCUAACUCAGCAGCAAAGGUGACAGGUACGCUGGGAGAAGGACUGGGGAAAACAAUCCUAGACGACAGGCAUGAGGAAGAGCGACGAAGAAUAAAAGAAGAUCACGCCGGAUCUUCCGGAGAAUACCUUUAUGCUGGACUUAAAGGAUUCGGGCAUGGGCUAAUUGGAGGUGUGACAUCCGUCGUUUCUCAAUCAUAUGAAGGAGUGGCAAACGAAGGAUUCGCGGGGUUAUUUACUGGCUUGACCAAGGGUUUAGUAGGCACAAUCACGAAACCUGCCGUUGGUGUACUUGACCUUGCGACCGGGGCCGCGUCAGCCAUAAGAGAUUCCUCAAAAACUUCCUCACGGAUGAUACCUCAUAGAUUACGACCAACCAGAGUAGCAAUCGGAAAUGGGGGAUUACUUCCAGUUUAUUCUGAAGUAUCAUCUCGAGGACAAGAACUGUUAUUUGACCUGAAUGACAAAAAUUUCAACGAACUUUAUAUCGCUUGCGAAACAUUAAAGAGUGGUCCCAACCAAGACCUAAGAAUUAUGAUAUCAUCAGAAGCUAUUACAGUAUUUCGCCCUAAUAAAGGAAACCCUGUACUUUUAAAAGUGCAUUUAAGUGAACUUAUAGAAUGUCAAAUGGCUCAUUCUGCGAAAGAGAAAACUCCAUACAUUGAAUUAGUACGCAUAUUACCUGAUGUACAAGCCCCCGGGAGACCUCAAGUGAUAUGCGAAAAUGAACAAGUAGCCAAAAGGGUAGUACAACAAGUAAAUUAUGCAAAGGCGCUUUAUGAAGAGACCCGACAUUCGCAAAUAGUAGUAAACGAAAAUGAUGAAUAGAAAAGACAUUUGUGUACAUUUCUAUGAAAAUGCUUAUAUUUUAUAGAAAAUAUCACUCACAGUAUUUUAAUGGCCCAAAAUCUCAAAAUAUAUAGUUGCGGUAGUGUGUCUUAUACAGAAGUUACUUCAAUAACGCUAUAUUUUUGUACGUGUCUUGUAAACGUUAUCAUUUACCACUAGUCAUUCGUCCAGUUACGGAUACAGUUGUUCUUCAAAGGCUUUAUGCAUUCUAAACUUACUAAAAUAACUUUAGUAAUCAUUGUUGGCUAAACACACAAUACUCGAUUUCAAAUAAUACAUAUUAGUGAAAAAAUUGUUGACUGAUGAUAUUUUGGUUUGAAAGUAAUACAUAAAUAUAUGCGAUCAUA